GCACGGCGUAAGCUUUCUCAGGACCUUCUUAAAGCGGUGAUCAGAGGAAAAAUUCUGCUACGACUUAGAAAUUAGAGAAAGACCAGACCGUUAUCAAAGAUUACACUGUCCCCGUGGGAAUUAUUUUGUUUUUGGACUUGUGUUCUUGUGUUAAGUUACCAAAGUUUCGUGCGUGUUUGCUAAAAUUUCUGUAAAAACUCAUCCGGCUUCAUAUUUGGUACUCGCUGGGUGGGCAUUAUCCCAUCCAGCAGUUAGCUGGCUAGCUCUAGUGCUAGGUUAGCUAGCUGGCUAACAAGAGCUGAACCUGUCAUUAUUCAUAACUUGUGACACACAGGCCUGCUGCUGGAACUAUUGGGUGUUGGGCCAAAAGUUGUCGGUUUAGUUUUACAAUUCAGCCAUGGACGGCGAGACUUGUGUGGAGCAGAGGAAUGGAGACGCCGCUGUGGACCUAGUCAAGCCAGCAGCUCCAUUCAGAUACACCAAGGAUGAAUUGCUUGAAAUCAAGGAAUUGCCAAUCUCCAAUGAAAGACCUGAAUGCCUCUCUGAAAAAUAUGACAGUGAUGGCGUCUGGGAUCCUGAAAAGUGGCAUGCUUCACUGUACCCCUCAUCAGAGCGAAGCUCUCCAGUCGAAGGUUUUAAGAAGGAUUAUGGAGAUGAUAGAGUUCCUCUAAAACGAAGAAUUCCAGAUCCUCGAGAGCGGUUAAAGGAAGAUGAACUGGAUGUGAUUCUGAGUCCUCAGCGACGCAGUUUUGGAGGUGGAUGUCAAGGAAAUGCUGCACCCCUGUCCCAUAUGAGAAGGCCAAUCAGCCCCCUGGAAAAUAAGGAGAAUGAGAGUCUUCGUCUUGGAGGGGCUCGCAGAAUCGGUAGUGGCCGCAUAAUUGCUGCUCGAGCAUUUGAGCGGGAGCCCCGUAUGGAAAAGGAGCGGGAACGAGAGAGAGACUUUAAGGAUAAGAGAUUCAGGAGAGACUUUGGGGACAAGCGCGUGUUUAGUGAGCGAAGAAGGAAUGACUCUUAUGCUGAAGAGGAACCAGAAUGGUUUUCUGGGGGACCUACAAGCCAAUCUGAGACAAUUGAGCUUAUUGGGUUUGAUGAGAAAAUUUUGGAAGAUGACAAACGCAAGUCCAGAAGAUCAAAGAAAAAGACAGAACUAGUCAAAGAAGUUGAAUGUAAUGGUGAGCAAGCUGAGGAGCCAAGUGUGGUUUUACAAUCUACAGCUGACCAGGAGGUUCCCCACACAGAUGUGCUGCCAGAACAGUCAGCGGGAGACUUCGACUUCAAUGAGUUCUUCAAUUUGGAGACGAUGCCAGGACUGGCAUCUAUGAUUGAAGAUGUUCUCGGGGAGGGCCCUGUGUCUGCGAGCCGUUUCAGUCAGUGGUUUUCAAGUAACUUGAGUCCUUCAGGCAGCCGCUCCAGCAGCCUUCGGUCCACUCCUCAUGAGGAACUGGAAAGAUUAGCGGAUUGCAAAGAAAAGGUUGACAUCCUGGAGAUGCUGCACAAAGCCAAAAUUGAUUUGAAGCCCCUGCUUUCAACACUCUCUGUCAAUAAGGCACGUCUUCAGGAAAGCAGUCACUCCGGAGUGGUGUUGUCGCUAGAAGAGGUCGAGGGAGAGAUGAAGGGGAUGAAGAUUGGCUCUGAAGCACCACCACGAAAAGUACCAACCCCACCUCAAGGCAAUGGGACCCCUUUUAUGGCUGAACAUUUGGAGGAGGCACUAACGGGUGGCUCUGGGUCACGGCCACGAUCACGGGACACAGACAUGUCUGCUUUUAAUAAGCUGGUUAGCAGCAUGAAGGCAAGUGGAACUCUUCCGGUCCACCCAAAAACCAACUCAAAUAAUAAAACACCUGAACAAUCUAUGGUUAGUUUGACUGACUCUCAAGUGCCAGGAGAACAGCAGAAAAACAUUUUCCAGGAACUCCUAGGAGGUCCUUGUAAUAGCUCCCCCACAUUACUCGGUAAUCUCCUGGGUCCCUCUGAGGGACCGCCCUCCUCUGCUCUCCUACAAGGACUCCUGCACAAGAAUCCUUCUCCUCCCCUCUUUCCACAUAGAGCUGCCUCACCGGAUUACUUCAAUAGCCGAAUGCAAACUUCAGGAGGCUUUCCAGUUGGUUCUCAGCCCAUACUGCCUGAACAGUUUGCUGAAAUGCACAGAGCAAUCAGCCCAGAGUCUGCUCAACAGAUGAGGCAAUCCUUGCCUGUGAACAAGGCAGACUUGGAUGCACUUGCGUUCCAGCAGGACCUUGCCCUUCACACCCACCACUCAUUCCAGUCUGGCUUCAAGGCUCCACAGGACAGGUCUUAUAGAAUCCGGCGCAUAAACCGUUCCCCUGGCCCUCAGCCUGCAGGAAGGAACUCUCCCAACAAUGCUGUCACAAGCAUGUUGUCUCCAUCUUUUACUCCCACGUCUGUGAUACGGAAAAUGUAUGCAACAAAAGAUAAAAGCAGAGAAGAUCCAGGAAGUCGGUCCGAAAGUAAAGAUGAUCCAUCCACUGCUACGCAUUCCCAAACUGAUAAUGGUGUGUCAAACUCGUAUCCAGAAACAGCAGAUGGGGCACACCCUUUGUCUGGGAAGGCUGGCUUUGCCCCACAAUCCUCACAAUCGAGUAAGGACCAGGACCGGCUCAGGUCAAGUGGACACCACUUGCCCAAUGUGGGUCCUCCAGGUCCCACUACAUCCUUCCCUCGACCCGUCUACCCAGUCCCUUUGAUCCCUCAUGUGCCCAUGGUCCGCCCCCCUGCACAACUCCACCCAAAUGUGGUUCAGCGAAUGCUGGCUCAGGGCAUCCAACCUCAGCAACUUGGUCCAGCUCUUAUGCAAGCAGGUAUAAUUCCACCUCACAUGGAUCUAGCACAACUUCAAGGCUUGCCUCCUGCCCUGCUUGGUCCACCACUGUAUCCUCUUAAUGCAGCAGGUCACCCACUGCUACCUCCCAGACCUAAUGCUCAGAUGCAAUUUGCUGCAAUGCAGCCACUUCAACAGCAAAGACAAAUGCAUCCUGGUGGACCUCAGUCUCAAAAUCAGGGACCCCACCGGACCAGCAGCUCACAGCGACAUGGAGGCAGUCCACCCUUAGGCCUUGCAAAGUGGUUUGGAUCAGACGUGCUUGAGCAGCCGCUGCCAUCCAUGCCAGCCAAAGUCAUAAGUGUUGAUGAGUUGGAGUUUCGACCAUGACCCAGUACACACUGCUGAACCACCCCAACGUCAUCUCGUUUCUGGAAAAAUGUGAACUUUACUUUCAAAGAGUGCACAGACCUGGAUGCUUUGUUUUCAAUCUUAUUGUCACUGCUUUUUAAGAGGCUUAUUUUCAGAGAAGGGAAGAAGAGUCAUUUGUUUUCCAGCCGAGUGAUGCAUUUUCUUUUGUAUGAGACAUUACAUGAAAAAUCUUGAAGUAAAUAAUGUGCAUAAGCCCAAUUGUACAUAGUAAGGGAAAGCUUAUUCUCCUUGUAUAUAGUUUUGGGUUUUUUUUUUGUUGGGUUGUUUUUUUUUUUUUUGUUUUUUUUUUUUGUUUUUUUGUUUUUUUUUUUGAGGAGUGGGAAAUCUGUAAGUAUAUAGCAGUACAGCUUAAUUGGAGAGACAAAAUUCUAGCUUUCAGUUUCCAACUAGUGAUUCCCCCAAGCUGCUAAGAGGCCCACUGUUAAAGAAGUGCUGAAUUGUCUAGUCACUUGAGUAUAAUCUACCGUUAUGGCAUGGCUGGUGGGCUUUUCUGAUGAUGUGACUGAGCUGGAGCUUCAAGUGGACUCCAGAGGAAGCAGUGACUGCUGGUUGUGCCUUUAUUUUUGUUUUCUGUAAAUUGUCUCCCAUUCAGCCCUUCACUGACAAGAGGAGCCAUGCUCAUAAAGGCUGGUUGGGAGUCAGUUUGUUCUGUGCUAUUUAUUUUUAAAAAAGCACAAAAUAGAACUGAUAAAUAAACUGAGUAAUAACGAAGUAUUGCUUUGUUUUGAAUGUGCAGACUCACUGCUUGUACUCAAGAUGAAUGACACAACCACAGGUUUAGUGGCUGUUU